UAAGAAGCCCCAAAUUCUAUUUGUAGUGUAGUGUGUAAAAUUAGAAUCGGUACAAUCACUAUAGAAAAAUAUUGGACUUCAGUUUCAAACGAGAGCGCUGUCGAGUACCAUUCAAAAUAGGGGGCAUAAUUAGUGAUGGCAUUGAAGCGGGAAGACAAUUUAGUUUUUAAACUAAACUACCAACAAACAUUUUCAAUUGCAGCAAAAUGCCUAGGGAAAGCCGAGAUACAUUAUGAGGCAAAAUAUACCGGUAUAUCUUCCCAAUAGAUAUAAAAAAGAGUGGAUGCCCAAUAUGCGACGUCCGAAAAUAUCUCUGAAAAAAUACUUCUUCUUUACAUUAGUUUGUGCGUUGUUGCUUAUAUUUGGGUUUAAUCUUAAAGAGUAUGAAAUUUGGAAAACGAAAAGCGCGCGCUUUUCUCCAUCGACAGAACAGCAGCAAGAUGGGCAAAAUAAGGUCAAGAUUGUCCAGAGUGAUGAGGCAACAUCAUCGGAGAAGCAUAGCACUGCGAUUCCACGACCGAUUGCAGUAUCUGACAAUAAUAGCUUAGUUCCCGUUGAUGAGAUGGGGAGCAAAAAGUCCGCAAUUUCAAAGGCUUGGUACUUUAGAAAUGGGGACUACCACCCAAAGGCGAUAUUUACCAGUGUGUAUAAGCGGCAUUCGUCGAAACUGUUCCCUCAUCAGGAUAUCCAUAAUGACCGUAUAGUUAACCAGCUGAUGUACGUGCCAGAAAACUACGCACAAAUUAAAGCAAGCGGCAAACUAAAAAGCAUACUACUCUACAAUGGACUGAGCCCAUGGAAUGUGAAGCAUGGCCGGGAAGUCUUUUUGCGCGCCAAGUGUCCUGUGGACACUUGUGAACUCACUGCCAAUCGUGAUUUGGCAUCCACGGCAGAUAUGAUAUUAUAUAAGGAUCACAUCAUACCUACGGGUCUAAGGAGACCUAGCAAUGCCAAGCAGGUCAGCAUGCUCUACUAUCUCGAAUGUCCAUAUCAUACACAGAUCGUGAAGGUACCAGAUGGCCUCAACUGGACAGCCACAUAUAGACGAGAUAGCACAAUUGUUGCGCCUUACGAGAAAUGGCAGUACUAUGACCCUAAGGUGCAGCAACAAGACCAGGAUCACAACUUUGCAGUCAACAAAACCAAAAAAGUGGCCUGGUUUGUCUCCAAUUGCGCGGCGCGCAACGCCAGGCUUCAAUACGCACAUGAGCUCCAAAAGCACAUUGAAGUUGAUAUCUAUGGUGCCUGUGGAAACUUCCAAUGUGCUCGCAGUAACUCAGAUAAAUGCUUUGAGAUACUCGAUCAAGACUAUAAAUUUUACCUCGCUUUCGAAAAUUCCAACUGCAGAGACUAUAUAACCGAAAAGUUUUUUGUCAAUGCGCUGCAACGCAAUGUGCUACCUAUAGUUAUGGGUGCGCGGCCCGAGGACUAUGAGGUUAGCGCCCCCCGACGCUCUUACAUACACGUGGAUGAAUUUGCAUCGCCUAAGGAGCUUGCCGAAUACCUGCACAUUCUCGACCGGGAUGACGAUCUUUAUAACUCGUACUUUAAAUGGAAAGGCACUGGUGAGUUUAUCAACACGUACUUUUGGUGUCGUGUUUGUUCAACAUUGCACGACGAGGAACAGUUGCUGAACCCACGGUGGUACCCAAAUGUAAAUGAGUGGUGGCGUGGUGAGGGCACCUGUACGAUCCGAUCAUGGCGAAAUUAUAAGGCGCGCAAGGAUGUAAUAACCGAUGACUGAGCUCCAAAAAAAAAAAUUAAGAUAUGAAUUUUAUUUGUAUGCACAAAAAUAGGUGUAUGCUGGACUGCGGUUAUUCUCUGCUUUAGAUUCAAGAUCUAUAUGUCCAUAUGGAAAAUCUUUAUAGAGCUCGCUCUUAAAGUCUUACCGAAACUAUUACUACUGCUGCAGUGUAGUAUUUACACAAAUAAGAAUGCAUUAAAUAAUCCCGGAAUUUUAAAUUUGAGACAAACUCUCCCUUGCAAACUUUUAGAUUAUUUUGUUAGCCGCAAAACUACAAUCUAUUCUGAGAGCUUUUUUCGCUACAUUUAUUUUAUUCUUAUAAGAGCAUUUAAUAAAUUGGAUAUGAUGGCAGCUGGGCUGGAAAGAACAUAUCGGAAGAUAUGCGUAUUAACUGGACUGUAGACUUAAGAUCAUUAGGUGAUCCUUGUAACAUACACAAUAGAGAAUACUAUUUAAUUAGGUACUUUAAUAAACGACGGUAACCUUUUAAAUAGUUGACUAAUAUAAAAUUAAAUUGAAUAUCCUUAGUAUUAAGGGAAAUGGAACAUGGCACAACAAUAAUUAAUGUUCAGUAGUGUUGAAUGUCUUUACUAUAGAAGCUAGAAAAUUAAUAAACUAGAAAAAUAUAUGCGUGUAUUCUUCUGUAUCCAAUUAUUUGAGCAAUAUAACUACGAAAAUUAAUUUUUGUCGGAUCUUGGAAUCUCGGUUCUUUUGUUUGGAACUUUAGCACUAUAUUUGCUUUAUGAUCACAUGAUAUAUUAUAAUUUUAUACUACGGAAAAAAGCAGGCAACAUUCCUAUUUGUAUAAUAUUAUUAUUACUUAUGAUCUUAUGUAUAUAAGCUAAAAUAGGUCAAACAAAUCGCAAGUUUUUAAAAAAGUUCCUCUCGUUUAUAGAAAUCGACGAAUCUUUAAGAAUCUUGUAACGAAUUUUAACCAAGUAUGUAUAAUUUUUCUACGAAUUUUCUUUACACACACUAAAUUUAUAAUAGUUUCAAUACACUAGUUGAAAUGGAUCAUUAUUGUACAUUUAAAAACUUGUAUUCCUAUUUAUCCGUGAACCAGCACAAUCCUUUUUAGUCUUUUGUUAAAUUUACAGUUUAUAGUCCUUAUUCUCAAUAUUUUGGUACUUGUCAAAGCCAAUACUUUACAACAUUAAGAUAAUUUUCAAUCAGUAAGCUGCAAUUGUUCAAUAUUUUAAGAAACAGGAAAAUAAUGUAA